UUUGAUCAAUCCCCCAUUGGGUUUGUAUUUCAUUUGCAACGCGUUCCAAUAUGGACCCAGGGAAAAAUUCAAUUAAGCUCUGUAUAGAAAUGGCAAAAUAGAAACUAAAUCAAGAAUUUAAGAUUUUCUUUUUUUAAAUUGUUUAAAACCAAAUAAUCGCGCUUCAUUGAAUCCCACUCCUGGGUGUCUUUAUAUGUGUGCUGGUGAGACGGCCGGUUAUAAUAAUAAAGAAGGAGCUUACUAAAGUGUCAACUCGUAUUUAUAAAAUAUAAACUAAACACCAGCGCCCGCGGUCUGGACGAUUAUUUAGACGUCGGGGAUUCAAUAAAUUUUCAAAAAGUAUUUAAAAAAGAUUAAAACAGGCACGUGAGUAGUGAAUUAUAUAUAAAAGACUACUCGGCCUGUGCUGUUUGCAUAAUAUAUCAACGAGACACACACACACUGGAUCGGUGGGGGCGCGGUACCGGACGUGAAUAACAACAUUUAAAAAUGCCGAUCCUAUUUGAUAUUUUAGCGAUGAUAUUCCAGGGGAAAUAAAAAAUAAAAAGUUUGAAUUUUCCCGCUCGAUUAAACAUAGACCUCCCCCCCCACCUCCGUCUUGUGUACAAGUUUCCGACCGGGUCCGUGAUGAAUGAUUCCCACAGUUUCCGCCCCCUCUAUGACGUAAACAACAACAGGAAAGGAAAAAAACAAAUUCAUUUUUUUUUCUCUCCCGGUCUUAAACGAGCCAUCCCCCGCAUUCUUUAAAGGAUCAGUCCCUUAAUCUUUAAAUAAGAAACAAAAAAGAAACGAAGUGGAUUCUCCUGAAAAAAAGGAGCUCGACAAAGAUUUGACAGGAGCCUGACAACAAUAAAAAAGUAAAAAAUAAAAAUCCUAGUGGACAGUAUUUUAUUUUCUCUGAAUAAAAGAUUUUCACUUUGAAGGAGCUAUAGCUCUCACUUGAAAAGACGGCCUUUGUAUUCCACACACACAUUGGGCUACUAUACUGCCAUAUAUAUUAGAUAUGCACUCAGGAGCUCUCGUUUUCCUUUUGUGUGCAGGCAGGCAGCAGCUACUACAUUUAGUCCCAGUCGCAAUCGAUUCGUCUUCAAUUGGAUUUCAAAAGAAAGAAAGAAAAAUCAGGAGCUACUAGGAGUCUGAGAAGGAGGACAUUGGGUUGGUUAUCAACGGGAAGCUGGGAACCUGGGCUGGGUCGAGAGAAAAAGGAAAUUGAACGCCAGCCAAUAUCUAUAUGUCAAUGAAUCGAUAGACAGUCCUCUCGGCGACACACAACCCCCACCCCACCCCAGUGUGUGUGUGUGUGUGUACAUCAGGAGCCGGAUUUGGAAUACAAUCUCUAGCAACUGCAUUAUUGAAAGACAAUUUAGAUAUUUGCCCAUCUUUAAUAAUGGAAACUCUCCGAGACUGCUGCUGGCUCCCAGUUAGAAAUGACGUAAUAUUUUAACAUACCCAAAUGGUCCCAGCUAGACAUUGUACACAUACACAUAUAGACUUUCUUCUCUCAUCGGUUUUUUCAUUGGAUUCAAAUGUUAUUUCUUUACUCGACAUCAAUCAGUUCAAAGAGUUGAAAAUGUACCCAGUCAACUGGACGCUUUCUUUGGUUCUCUGUUGACCAAGAGCAAAGAAGAAGCAGCCGAGUGAAUGUAAUCGAAUCACGCAGUGCUCUACCCAAUGCCCCCCCUCCAGCAUUACUACCACCCUGGCAAUAUCAAUUGAAAGAGAAUAUUAUUAACUGUUUGAUAGAUUUAUACAGUCAAAUAGAUCAACUCCGCAUUUCUUUUUGUUUCUUUCUUCCUUUUUUGGGGUCUCUUCCGGUCGUUCCGGCGUCGAUAAAGCGACAGCUGCACAAGGAAUAAAACUAACGAGACUCGGGAGCACUGGACCCAGCGUCUGAAAUCAAUUUCAUUUGAGACACACGCGCGCCAAAAGAUGGAUGAGGAGGCCGAACAGCAGCUGACCGCUCAGUUAUCCGGCGGAGGAGGCCAGCAGCAGCAGCUGGAUGCGACGACGGCCUCAGCCUCGCCCGCCAGCCACCAGCAGCGAAGGUCUUUAGCUUCGCUCCUGUCCAUCAAACGGGAGCCCAGGAGACCCAAGACGCCGUCCGUCGUCGUUACCGACGAAACGACUCACCUGUCGGAGCUAACGGCCAUUCCGGUGACGAGUCGAAUCAGUUUGAGCUUCAAGAACAAAUCGAAUAAAGGAGCAGCGACGUCGGCCACUUCUUGUACGUCUCCGGCCGGUUCCUGCGGCGGUGGCGGAGACGGCCAUCACGCUAGCGGCUCCCGAACGACGGCCAUGGCCGUCAAUGGGGGAACUCUCGAGAGUAUCGUAGCUCUCGAAUCGGCAGAUCCGACAGCGGCAACCACGGCGACGGCCAGUGACGUCACAACGUCAUUAACAGUCCCAGUCGACGCUUCGGCGACGGUCACGACGGGAUCGAGCGGCUCAUCACCAGCCACUACACCUCAACUGUCGCUUCUACGUCGCUGCUGUCACGAACGCGUCCGCAAAUCGAUAUGGGGCGUCGUGAUCAUGUGCAGCGUGUCGGCAGCCUGGGUGGGAGCCACCCACCUCCUGAAAUCCACAUUCCGGACCGUCCAUCAUGUGGCGGCCGUCCUGGUCGUCCAGCACGUCGCCGACAGCAGCGCCGCCGGCAACGCCAACCAUUCGGCCGUGGCCACCACCUUGCCGGCCACUUCCACCACCACCACGCCCAUUUACCCAGACAUUUACCCUCACCACUACGACGAUUCUGGUGAACAUCAGCAAGAGCCGGUGAAACCCCUGGGCGAAGAGUACACGUACGACGCGUCGUUUUUCAGCACCUGGACCAUGACGGCCUGGACGUCGCUCUUCCUGCCGCUCUACGCUCUUUGCUGCGCGCUCAGUUGCCGCUUCAGUCCGCGCCAGUUGGCCGCAGAGCUCAGAGAUUCCGUCCUGGCAUUCCGUGACAAAGGAUUCACAUUAGGGACUUUUAUCGGACGCUGUUGCCUCUUUUGUCUACUGUGGGUCGGGACCAAUUGGAUGUACAUGUACGCCCUGAGCGUUUUAGACGCUACCGACGUCAUGGCACUUUUCGCCACCAACGUCUCGUUCGUCUACCUCCUCUCCUGGGUCGUCCUCCACGACCAAUUCGUCGGCCUAAGAAUUGUGGCCGUCAUUUUGUGUAACACGGGUAUUGCCCUGCUGGCCUACAUGGACGGCAUAACUCGAUCGCCGACGCUGGGCGGAGUCGUCCUAGCGGCCGCCGCAUCCGCCGGAUCCGCAGUUUACAAAGUGUCGUUCAAGAGGAUUUUCGGUGAGGCCACUUACGGUCAGGUGUCGUUCUUCUUCUCGCUGAUUGGCCUCCUCAAUGUCGUCCUCUUAUGGCCGAUCGUCUUGACAUUACACUUUACCGGGCUGGAAGUCAUCACUUGGAAUCGAGUGCCUUGGAUCCAGCUGACCGUCGCCGGAACACUUUCCCUCGCUGCCAACUUGCUGGGCAACUUCGGACCGGCUCUAACUUACGAGGUUUUCAUUCAUCUCGGUCUGGUGCUGGCCAUUCCAGUCUCUGCAGUGCUGGACGUCAAUCUCAACGGGGUCGUUUUCGAAGGCAUGAAAUUGGCUGGGACAAUCAUGAUCGUCAACGGCUUUCUCUUGGUUCUACUGCCAGAAAACUGGCCCGAUUACUUGACCCGUUUGCUCAGAUGGGGGAGACAUUUGAAUCAUCACCCGGGACUGCCGACGACAGCGCCCGUCGACCUGCGGACGGGUUACAUAAGCCGCUCGCAUUUGCGUUCGCCGUCGGGACGGGUCAGGUGACUGUCAAAGAUCAAAGAGACCGGACCGGGUCUGUCACCACCUUCAUCUUCAAAGGGUUUGACACCGGAGAGAAUAAGACGUGCGUCCAACAUUCCAGAUGAUCCAAUGCUCCGCAGCAACGAAAAAGAAAAUUGAAAAAAAAAGUGAAUUUUAUUUUACUACUAUUUUUUCAAAUUGAUUUAAAUUUUUGAUAUUUUUUCGAAGGGGGAAAAAUCGUCCAUUUUCUUAUCUCGCCAUCUGUCUCAUUGUUCUCGAAAAAUUGCGCAAUCGAUACUGUUUUAAAUGUUGGCCGUUAGAUGGCUGUCGUGUCUACUUUGUCUCAACAAAUUCAAUGUUCCGUUCGACCGUUAGAUGGCAGCCAAAUUCCGAUUGUCUGGCAAUAAUCAAUUGAAUACUACUCCCCAAAGCCAAAAAAACCAAAAACAAGAAGCAAUUUUUGCUGUUGCUUUCUCUUCUAUAAAAAGACAAAAAGAAAAUGUUAUAUGUCCAACAUAAAAAAAAAAUCAAUUGUGUAAAUAAUCGACGUUGCCCGUUCGAUGUUGUUGCUGUUAUUUCAAAAUGCUGUCGAAAAAACCAAAAAAAACUCCGUGUGUCUAGUUGUUGUUUUGUUUCUCAACCGGUUGUGUUACGAGUCCAAACUGGAUAAAAUUCCCCGCGAAUUUCAAAAAGAAAUCAGAUAUCCCAAGACAAAUUAAGUAGUAAAAUUUAUUCUGACGAGAUGGAAAUCUAUCCAGACGUAUACAAUCUCUAUUUUUGCGAGCCGCGGUUCACGUAACAUUCGAUAGAAAUCAAAUCACACAGACACAAAACAAUCCGACGUCAUUAUAUCAAAAUAAUUUGACUGUGCCAAAAAAAAGGACAAAGACGGAAAUGCAUCAAACGACCGAAUCGAAUAAAGAUUCCUAUCAAAGAAAAUUGUAACGUGAAAUAAUAAAAUAAAA